AUGUCUACUACUGCUGGUACUAAACGUGCCGCACCAAGUGAUGAUGCACUUGAACCCGCUUUGAAGCGCACGCGAAACAGAACUUAUGAAAGCACUUCUAAUGUAGCGCCAUCGCCGCUGGCGAAUCGAGGCGCAUGGCGCAUUCUAGCUCAAUUCCUCGAAACCGAAAUGAGUUAUAGUGAGAUGGAAGAGAAACUCUCAUUGUACCUCGGCGAUCAAUACUCUGCGGACGAUUGGAAGGAUGCCAAAACAACGCUUUUCUCUGGCGAAGACAAUGUCGGAACAUGUUUGAGAAAUCUCGAACUCUUAAGGCAGAGGUACAUGCCCCGUCGACCCCGCCCUUGGAAGAAUAUGUAUCUCGACAUUGAAGCAAACGAGGGAGACAGUGAAGAGGAGGAAGAGGAAGAUGGCGACUACGACACGCAGGAUCAGGUUGACUCUUCUGCUCGAUCGCCGAAGGUUACGUCCAUUCCAGGACCAUCAGCCAAGGAUACGUUAUCCAAAAAGAUUGAUGAGAUCUACAACAACGCGACAAAGGUCUCCAGCUCCUCAAGAAGCCGCAUCUCUUACAGAGCCGCCUGGUCCCCCGCGACGCUCGAGAGUCGAAUGUAUCUGCUGCAUGUCCAUAGAACUGCUACGGUUUAUAUUGCUGAAUAUCUUCAUGGUAAAGGAUUCCCCGUGACCGUGUCGCCUUGGUUGCCGGGGCAGCUCUAUGUGGUCUCAGAUAGCCCCAAAACCAUUGCAUCCUCCCUUCCGGCUUCGCAUAAGCUCUCAGUAAAAGACUAUCAUCGCAUCUCGGAUGAAGAACGCGUCGCGGUGGAACACUCAACCAUCAAAUUUCCUAACCCUUCGUGGGUAAGAGUCAAAUCUGGCAUGUACAAGGGCGUCAUAGGCUAUGUCUUCGACCCAGACCAGUCGGACCUUUUUGUCGAUGUCUUAGUCGUCACUCGAAAGUUUCCCUAUCCAAUGCCUGCGGGAUCUGAAGCUCUGAUCGACCAUUCUCGCCUUCCAAAGGACAAGGAAGUUACCGAUAUCAUUCGCAAUGGCGAAAUCAUAGGAUGCGCAUACAAAGGACAGCGAUACUACAGGGGACUGCUCCUUAAAAAAUUCCACCGUUAUCAACUAGAACUUGUUGCUUGCCCCCACGCUGAUGAUAUUAGACUGCAUCUGCAGUCAGGGUUUGACACACCCUUCGUCAAGAAAUCUAUCGUGGCGUUCUCCAAGCAGUUUCUGCGUGUGGGAGAUGCGGUUAGGAUCAUCACGGGAGCAGUACCAUCAGAGAUUGGCAUGGUCGUGUCAAUAGACCAUGGUUUUGGUGGCUCCGCAUGCAUCGAAUUAACCCUCGACGGACAUCGGGAAGAGCUGGAAGCUCGACUUGAGGACGUGGAGCGCGUUUUUUGGAUCGGGGACGCGGUUCGGGUCGUAGCAGGUUCAUACCUGGGUUUAGAAGGCCAUGUCAUUCAAAUGGACAAGGAUUUGUUUCACCUUUGCCAAGGGGUCUCCAUGGAGGAGGUGCAAGUUUCAAGAUAUUACUUGGAUCGUCGUCACCAGACUUGCACGACACAGUCACAUCUACCAUUGUAUCAACAUUUUGAACCUCCCCCUGAGUCUCAAUCAAUAGAAAUCGGAGAUUAUAUAGAAGUUCUUGCGGGAGAACACAUGGAGAAGCGGGGCGUCGUGACCUGGUCUUCUAUUGGAGGAACUCAGCUGUGGUUCCAGGAAGAGUCUCCUCAGGCAUUGACUUUACGUUCUAUGGAGUACUAUUCAGGACCUCCAAGUUUUCAGGUUCCUGUGGCAUUUGUCAAGCGGACGCGCCUACCCCAGACAGUUAAAUUUACCAAGGAAAAAGGUUAUGACCUCAAGCCUGGAGAUGUCGUAAGGGUCGCACGUGGGCCGGAGUAUCAGGCGAAAGGGAUCGUGCAGAGCAUUGACUUCCCAAAGGCUCGCCUAACGCUACUUUCUGAGAGUGAUCGCUCGCUUAUCGACGUCCCAAUUGGAUUUGUGACGAAAAUACUCAACGUGUCCUUGGAUUCUUUCAACAACGUCAUCGGCCAAGAAGUGUUCGUGGUUAGAGGUGGCCGAAAGGGUUUCCGAGCCACGUUGUAUGGCAUUGGCGGUGAGAAUUGCACUGUUGCUAUCAAUGGGCAGGCGCGCACCACACUCAAAUGGCAAGACGUUGUAACCAAGUACGGAAUGAGAUUGAAUGGUCUCAUGCUAGGAGAAUCGGACUUAAUAGCAUUCUGUGACAUGCGAAAAAGAUCUUACUUGGCAUUACAACCACGAAGAUGCAUCACGCCCCCUCCUGUCCCGCUGGCAGUUUCCUCCAACUCGUCUAAUUCUAUAAGCGCAGCUCACAAUCCAUCAUCAUCCAAUUGGACUGCCUGGAAUCUCACACAGGAUAUCGAUGGUGCGAACUUGAAUGAUCCGUCAUCGGGCGUCGAUCUCAGCUCAUCGACAUCCGACCCAUGGACUAUUGAUGCACAGGACAUUCAGGAUGGCAUAGAUGCUAGAGCGGAGCAGCUCAAAGACAAUGGGCCUCUACCUUGGUUCAUGAGCAAGGAGUUUUCUUCGCUAUUCCUUACAUAUCACGCGAUGUUUACAGUUUCGCCGAGCUUUGAUCACGCCAAGUUUCACAAACGAUUCGUAUCAUCAGCCUGUCCUGAUCCAUUCUGCGGUGCGAACGGACCCGCACCCGAAGGUUGUGUUGCAGUAUCUUGUACAUCCAGUCGUGCAGGUGCUGCGCUUGAACAUUACCAUAUCCCUGCCAAGUACCUGAGCCCAGCUCCUCCACGAAAAAGAAAACAAGAAUGUUUCAUUAUAGACGGCGAUUAUUACGGUCAGAUUCUGACUAUUUCACAAUGUAGUGUUGGUAAAAAAACUGCUCAGUUUACUACUAAUGAUUCCAUUACGAUUACCUUACGUUUUGAUCAGAUAUGUCUCGUGCAGCGUGCACAAAAUACCAUGUAG